CACAGACUGGAAAGGAGAUUUUGAUUAAGUCAAUAGCUAUGGCAAUUCCAGCUUAUCCAAUGAUGUGUUUUCUGUUUCCCAAAACACUUUGCCAUCAGAUUGAUUCUCUUAUUGCACGAUUUUGGUGGGGAAAUAAUGGAGACUCUGGUAUUCAUUGGAUGAGUUGGUCAAGUUUAGGGUUGUCCAAAGCUAAAGGUUUGAUGGGCUUCCGUGACCUCCAAGAUUUCAAUCAGGCACUUUUGGCUAAACAAGGCUGGCGUAUCCCAACAAACCCUUCAGCAGUUUGGGCUCGUAUUCUUAAGGCACGAUAUUUUCCUCUGGAUACUUUCUUCAUUGCUCGAAAAGGAUCUUCAGCUUCUUGGCUAUGGUCAAGUCUUCUUCAUGGAAGGGACCUUCUCACUAGCAAUGUUGCUUGGCAAAUUGAGAAUGGCCUUCAUGUUCCAGUUUGGCAUUCUAAUUGGAUUCCUCAACGCCCUGAAGCAUUGGCAGUCAGAUUGGGUGUCCAGUUAGCCUUGUCCAUACCAUCUACUCAUUUUCUGUUUGAGAUUGAUUCUCUCCAACUUGUUAAGCUCCUCACCCAUUCCACCACAUCCACAGAUUGGGCUAUGUUGCCUCUUGUGGAUCAUAUCAGAGCUUUAACAGUGAUCUUGGUUCUUUUAGCUGGGGUUGGACCAGCAGAAUAGCUAAUCAGGCAGCAGACUACAUCACCUUGUUAGCUCGCAGGAGGCAGUAUCCAGCUGAUUGGGUUCGGUUUCCACCUUCCUCCUUUGCUCAUAUUCUCUUGUAUGAUGCAGGACAUGCUCUUACUUAGUUUAUUUUGUGUUAGCUCCCCUGUUCCCUGCGUGUUUUGGGCAGGGGUUUAGCUCUUCUUUGUUUUUGUUUUGUUCUUGGUUUCCAGUUUUAAUGCAUUUAUUUCUUUUCAAAAAAAAAAACUAGCAGUCAUACUUGACCAUGCAUGGUGAUACGUGGUGCCGGUAGUAUGCUAGCAUGUGUAUAGGUGAGAUAGUUGGCAUGUAUGAAGUACUGUAGUCAUAGAGUUGAUCAUGCUUGACAUGUGUUGUAAAAAUGAUAAUUAUGCAUGAAUUGCAUUUUGUGUGC